AUGGAUGUGGAGCUCAAGAGCUGGACGGCGCAGCGCAUCGGCGAGCUCACGCAGACACGAGAGUCGGACUGCCUAGAGAUCGCCGAGUGCAUUUUGGGCUUCGACGACCCUGCGGUGCUCAAGGACUGGCUAAAGGACUUCACGGAGAAGAGCGCAGAGUACCAGGUCCAGAAGUUCGUGGAAGCGCUUUUCGAGCGAAAGCAGCGGAUGGCAGGUGGACCGCCAGCGCCUGCCCCAGCGCCCGCGGCACAGGCCGCGCCGCAGGAGAAGGGCAAGGGCAAGGGCAAGAAAGGCCGGGACGAGGACCGCAAAGGGAAGUCCAAAGGCGAGAAACCCAAGGAGCGCGAGUUGCCCACCAUGGACAUGCCCUUCCUCCCGCGCAGGGAGGGGGACAAGCGCCUCAUGGUGGUGGACGCGUCAUCUGGGCGGCAUAAGGUGUUGACCAACUGCUUGAACUGCGGCAAGGUCAUCGUGGAGCAAGAAGGUUGGGGUCCGUGCCUCUUCUGUGGGAACCCCCUGGAGGUCGGGGACCGCCGCAGCGGCGUCAUGCACGGGGACGCCCGGGGCAAAGUCGUCUCUGGCGCCCUGAGCGCGGAGGAGGAGCGCGUGAACGCCGCCUUCCAAAAAGCCGUGGACACCAAGGACCGUUUGCUGAGCUACGACCGUGAUGCCAAGCGCAGAACCAAGGUCUACGACGACGCCACGGACUGGUACUCCGAGGCCGCCAACCCUUGGCUCUCCGAGCGCCAGCGCGAGGAGGCCAAGUCCAAAGGUGUGGACGAGGAGCGAAGGCGCCGGGAUGAGAUGCGCAAGAUCCACGCGACCAUUGACCUCUACGGCCGAACCGUUAUCGAUACCAGCAAAGAGGUUGAGGCUUGGAGCGGCGGAGCUUAG